UAUAAAUAAAUGUAUAUUUAAAUUUUGAUUAUUAUUACAAAAUAAAUAGUAAUAAGCAAAGUAAUGUCAAGUUCAGAAACUGAUACAGAAACCAAGCAAAGAAUUGCAGAAGCAGUGCUAUACGAAAACGCUUUUAUUUCCAAUGAUAGAAGCAAAUCUGGGAUAGACACAUCUUCCGGUCCUGAAAAGUUGGAGCUUCUGAAGUCAAAUCGAUAUUUAUUAGCUCAGGACGACUCUCCAUUCCAAAGUAGCUUGGUUAUCAACGAGUCAAUGAAAACAUUUUUCUGCAAGAAGAUGUCUCUGGUUGUCGAGCAACAAAUUUGUUUCGCUGACUUAAAAAGACGUGAGAUAUCAAGCCCAUACUCUGCAAAAUCAAGAGGUGUUAAAUUACUGAAGAAUAGCGAGACUUUUUUGAACAUUUCAAACAGUAAUACUCUCGAAAACAAAGGUGAAAAUAGAAGGCGCGUAAGAAUUACAAAUGAUAUCGACCACAGCGCAAAAGGAGACACGGUAGCUGUUGAUGCCAGUUACUUACUGAAUACUAAGACUGAUUUUACGACGAACCGCCGUAGUUCAGUUGUAUUUGAAUAUAAGAAGGAGCAGUCGAACUUUGUUCUGCAAUACCCUCAGAAUGAGUUUACUGUAAAUAGACGGAAAAAUCAAUGGGAUGAGUCAAAAAUAUGCCAUUUUCGACGGAAAAGACCUCACUGUUAAUAUCUUCUUGUUUGAUUGUGUAUCAUUUGUCAAAAAAAUAAAUUAAUGUUAAUCA